AUGGUGGUGAAGGGACUUGGUUAUACUCAAAGCCAAGUUGACCAUACGCUUUUCUAUAAAUAUUCAGCAGCUAAUAAAACUGCCAUCUUAAUUGUAUAUGUGGAUGACAUUAUUCUGACAGGUGAUGCUUUUUUGGAGCUAAAAGACUUGAAGGAGAAGCUUGCCAAAGCAUUUGAAAUUAAAGAACUUGGUUCAUUAAAAUACUUUCUUGGAAUUGAAUUUGCAAGGUCUAAAGAAGAUAUUGCCUUUGCUGUGAGCAUGGUAAGCCAGUUUAUGCAUUCACCUGGUCAAGAACACAUGUAUGAUGUCUUUAGAAUCCUAAGGUACUUGAAAGGGUCGCCUGGAAAAGGGUUACUCUACAAAAAGUAUGGACAUCUUCAAGUAGAAGCCUAUACAGAUGUGGAUUGGGCUGGGAAUGUCAUGGAUAGAAGGUCAACAUCUGGGUAUUGUACUAUUGUUGGCGGAAACCUGUGUUGCAUGAUAGAACUAAACAUGUUGAAGUUGACAAGCAUUUUAUCAGGGAAAAGAUUGAGAGGACAGAUUUGCAUCUCAUAUGUUCCAACCACGGAACAAUUAGUAGAUGUCCUAACAAAAGGAUUAUCCAAGAAGACUUUUGAUAGCAUAAUAAGCAAACUGUCAAUGAAUGAUAUCUUCAAGUCAGCUUGA